AAAGAGAAAGCCGCAGAGAGAGAGAGCGAGAGAGAGUACCGGUAUAGUGCUGCGCGAAGCCUGCUUCAUUUGAAUGGGACCUCAGUGCGAUUCAUCGUCAAGUCAGAGCUGCAAAAACAAUUUUUAGCAAACCCAGUAGAAUUAUUCCUGCAGCUUCACGAAGACCAGGGUUUCCUCAAACACACCCAAGGAUUUUUUUCCCCCUCGUUAUACAGUAUUUGGUUAAAAAUACCGUGUUUUUGCGUUAUUAUUUUUUGGGUUAUUUUAUUUAUUUUUAACAGUUUUGAAAAAUGCAGUAAUUAUAUUGUGAUCCUCGUUGCAAUUCGCAAAGAAGAUUUUGCAGCGCGGUUGUGAUUUACAAUCAAAUUAAUUAAUUCGUUAAUUUAUAACAAAAAAUAUAUACAAUAAACGUCUUUUAAUCCCGAAUCAUGGCAGAAGCAACUACCGAAUGUAACAUCAAAGUUCUUUGCCGAUUUCGACCUCUGAAUCAAUCAGAAAUUGUACGAGGAGACAAAUACAUCCCGAAAUUUAAAGGAGACGAUACCGUUGUGAUCGCGGGCAAGUCGUAUGUGUUUGAUAAAGUGUUCCCAACUAACACCACUCAGGAACAAGUCUACAACACCUGUGCCAAGCAGAUCGUCAAAGAUGUUCUUGGAGGCUACAAUGGGACCAUCUUUGCCUAUGGACAGACUUCCUCUGGAAAAACCCACACCAUGGAGGGGAAGCUGCACGAUGGCCAACACAUGGGGAUCAUUCCCAGAAUUGCCCAGGAUAUCUUUAACCACAUUUUCGCUAUGGACGAGAACCUUGAGUUUCAUAUUAAGGUCUCUUACUUCGAAAUCUACAUGGACAAAAUAAGGGAUCUUCUUGAUGUUACUAAGACCAACCUGGCUGUCCAUGAGGACAAGAACAGAGUCCCAUAUGUUAAGGGCUGCACUGAACGGUUCGUCUCAAGCCCAGAUGAAGUGAUGGAUGUGAUUGACGAGGGCAAAGCCAAUCGCCACGUUGCCGUCACAAACAUGAACGAGCACAGCUCCCGCAGUCACAGCAUCUUCCUGAUCAACAUCAAGCAGGAGCACGUGGAGACGGAGCAGAAGCUGAGUGGGAAGCUCUACCUUGUGGAUCUGGCUGGGAGUGAGAAGGUUAGCAAGACUGGAGCUGAAGGAUCAGUCCUUGACGAAGCCAAAAACAUCAACAAGUCCCUGUCCUCUCUGGGGAACGUCAUUUCAGCGCUGGCCGAGGGAACCAAAACCCACGUGCCGUACCGGGACAGUAAAAUGACCCGAAUCCUCCAGGACUCUUUGGGGGGCAAUUGCCGGACCACCAUGUUCAUCUGCUGCUCCCCAUCCAGCUACAACGAGGCAGAGACCAAGUCAACUCUCAUGUUUGGACAGAGAGCCAAGACCAUCAGGAACACAGCCUGUUUGAACCUGGAGCUGACCGCCGAACAGUGGAAGAAGAAGUUCGAGAAGGAGAAGGAGAAGAACAAGACGCUGAAGGAGACCAUCCAGAGACUGGAGGCUGAACUGAACCGCUGGCGCAAUGGGGAGAAUGUCCCGGAGACGGAGCAGCUGAGCAACAGUCCAGGGAAGGUGGACAUGAGUGACGAGACCCCUGUCAAUGACAACGCCUCUUCCAUCGUGGUGCGCAUCUCUGAGGAGGAGCGCCAGAAAUACGAGGAAGAGAUCCGCAAGCUUUACAAGCAGCUCGACGACAAGGAUGAUGAGAUUAAUCAACAAAGCCAGCUCGUUGAGAAGCUGAAGGAACAGAUGCUGGACCAGGAUGAGCUCCUGGCCUCCACCCGCGGUGACCAGGAGAAGGUGCAGACGGAGCUGGGCCGGCUGCAGACGGAGAACGACUCAGCGAAGGACGAGGUGAAGGAGGUGUUGCAGGCCCUGGAGGAGCUGGCUGUGAACUACGACCAGAAAUCCGUGGAGGUGGAGGAGAGGAACCUGCAGAACAAGCUGCUGGCCGACGAGCUGGCCCAGAAAAUGGCCCACCUGAUCGCUCUGGAGGCUGAGCUGCAUCGCAUGCAUGAAAUGAGCAGCCACCAGAGGAAGAGGAUCGCUGAGGUCCUGAACGCCCUGAUGAAGGAUCUGAGCGAAUUCAGCGCCAUCGUGGGAAACGGGGAAAUCAAACUGCCGAUCGAGAUCAGCGGGGCUAUAGAAGAAGAGUUCACUGUGGCUCGACUCUACAUCAGUAAGAUCAAGUCGGAGGUGAAGUCGAUGGUGAAGCGCUGUCGGCAGCUGGAGAAUCUGCAGGUGGAGUGCCACCGCAAGAUGGAGGAGACUGGGAGAGAGCUGUCCUCCUGCCAGCUGCUCAUAUCACAGCACGAGGCUAAGAUCCGGUCUCUGACAGAGUACAUGCAGAACAUGGAGCUGAAGAAGAGGCAGCUGGAGGAUUCCUACGACUCCCUGAGCGAAGAGCUGGCCCAGUUGCAGACACAAGAAACAAUGCAAGAUGUAGCCAAGAAUGACAAACAGAAGGACAUCGAGGAGGCUGAUGAUGUGAAGAGAGCGCUGGAGCUGCAGAUGGAGAGUCACCGUGAGUCUCAUCACAAGCAGCUGGGCCGUCUGCGCGACGAGAUCAACGAGAAGCAGAAGAUCAUUGACGAGCUCACUGACCGUAACCAGAAGCUCCAGCUGGAACUGGACCAGCUGCACUCCGAUUUCGACAAGCUGAGAAGCCAGGAGCAUGAUAAAAGCGUUCAACUCCAGGAGCUUACAUUUCUCCACGAAAGGCACGAGCAGUCCAAGCAGGACCUUCAAGGGCUGGAGGAGACCGUCGCCCGGGAACUCCAGACCCUUCACAACCUUCGGAAGCUUUUUGUUCAAGACCUCACGACUCGAGUCAAAAAAAGUUCUGAAAUGGAACCCGAUGACAGUGGGGGGUACACCCUACAGAAACAGAAGAUUUCCUUUCUUGAGAAUAACCUGGACCAACUUACAAAGGUUCACAAACAGGUUGAUCUCCUUGACCCCUUCCAGAUGUAUAGCAUGUACAGUUUUACAUUGGUACGCGACAAUGCAGAUCUGCGUUGUGAGCUUCCUAAACUGGAGAAACGUCUUCGAACUACAGCUGAGAGAGUUAAGGCCCUGGAGGGUGCACUGAAGGAGGCCAAGGAGGGCGCUAUGAAGGACCGCCGGAGGUACCAGCAGGAGGUGGAGAAAAUCAAGGAUGUGAUGAGGUCGAAGAACCCCCUGAGGAGGCCCCACUCUGCGCAGAUCGCCAAGCCUAUCCGGCCUGGGCAUUACCCGGUGUGCUCACCCACCAACCCCCUAGUGAUCCGCUGUGGUGACGCGGUGGCAUACAGCAAUGCGUCCUUCCAGAGCGGCAUGACAGCACAGCGCACACAGCGCGCCCCCAGCCCGAGCCAGGAGAAACUCGCAACAGCAGGAUUGAGCAAUGGGGCAGUAACCUCCAGCGCUACAUAUCAGAAGCGGAAUGUGGAUAAUGGCAAUGCUACAGAUGUCAAUGACAACAGAAAUGACAUCCACUGUAGCAGUGAGGCCGAGGAUCCCUCAAAGCUGUAUGUAAUCCCACAGGAGACCACAGCAAGCUAAUGACCUCAUAUAUAGAUCCUUAUUGGUUCUGAGGCCUCCAAUCUGCAUGCUGCAAAUCAGCUCCCCUUGACCUCACAGCACUAUAUUACCAUUCCUCCUGUAUCUUAGAUGUUGUGUCUCUUGCUUACUAACUGUUUCUAAAUGUCCUGUAAUGUCUGAAAACAAAAAGCUGUUGUUGCUGCUGCUUCUUCCAUCUCACCGCUGUCUGUUGUGAGCCGUUCCAUUACUGACUGUGUAUAAUCUGCACGGCUGAAGGGCUGAGCACAGUCAUGUGUUAGCUUGUAUAUACAGUAAGGCACUCAAAGGAGCAUUCCCAUAGACAAAGGCACUAUUAAGUACGGUCAGGAUUCUGCUAACGGCCAGCAGACAGAAUCGCUAAGUUUUUUUGUCCUUAGGUUUUAUCAAAAGAUUGACCUUUUUCCAAGCUGGGCUUAAAAUUCAUCACAUGUCGCAGUCUAAAACAGUGUGUUACACUGUUACCGUGGCCAUUCAGUUAUAGCCAGGUGAUUUAAAAGUGUAAUCUAUGUGCAGUUCUGCUGGUUACGCUGCUAAGCAGCAGUAGUGCUUAGUCGUGCUUUUGGCAAUAGACUGGGGUGGAACGUUGGCAGCAUCUGGGCUUGGUUCUAGAACUCCAGAUGUGCCAGUGGUUGAUGCGGAGCUCCGAUGUUGCAGAAUUCCAGAUGUUCCAGUAGCUGCAGAUUCUUGACAAAUGAUGGGCAACAAAACCUGAGGCGUUUUUACAAAGCCUUAAUUCGGUCUCUUUCUGUAUGAUAUUAGGAACAUUAUAUAUUCCCCCGCACAUAAAACAACGUGCUUUGUAUUUUUUAUUCCUAAAAAAAUAUGUUUUCAGAAAGGAAGCAGAAAGGGCCAGAGAUAUAUUAAUAUGUGGACUUUGUGAUACAUUUCUAAUGUAGUUUUCCUGCAAGUGAAGUAAUUCAACUAUAUACAUCUUUCCCAGUCAAUUAGGCUACGAUAAAUUGUGUGUUUUAAUGAUGCAUAUUACUGUACUGUAAAAUAUAACUUUUACCAAAACAUUAGUUGCUCAACACACUACUUUGUACAGCUGCGUUCAAAAUGGUUUUUAACGGUGGUAUUUAAAAACUCCACACAAUGUAUAUAAUUGCUAGAAUUAUUUUUUAGACCAUGAAGAUAUUGAUCUGUCCGUUUCUUAGAAAACCCUGUCUUGUCUUCAAAGUAAUAUUGUAACCACAUUUUCCCUGCAUGAAAAGAUUUGCAUUUCCAAUUAACUUGUUCCAAAUAUUUCAAGCGUUAAAGAAAAUCCAAUUUUAAUCAGGACCUGUACGGUCAUUGCUUUCAUAAUAGUUGACUAAGAUGUAGUACUAUAUUGAGAGGAUUACCCUUAUUGCCAGCCUACUUAAUUGUCUCCUAUUCUGUUCUCAUCUCCACAAUACAUUUCUCCAUGGUUGCUUUGAUGUGCAUUAUUCAUGCAGCCUGGUAAAUGAAGUAACAGAUUCUGCUACUUAAAUUCAUAGAAACUUGUCUCAAAGUGAAAGGUGGUCUUGCAGAACAACAGCCAAGCUGAGCAUUGGUAGAUGUGUAUUACAAAACCAGCUACAGCAUGUGAAAACGCAGUUAUGUAUGAGAGUCUGCUUGUUCCACUUGUGUGAAUAAUAAAUGUCAAAGCGUUUCCUGUAAAGUUUCAGUAGGACACGUUCAGCACACGGUAAGCAGUGAGUUUGUUCUAAAUUAUAGCGGUGCUGUAGUUAUUAUAAGCCGCCAUAAACUUUGAUUCAGGCCAGUGUGUUAGAGAAUGCUUUUUAAGCUGCUUUUUAGACAAAUAUUUUGUUUUAAACAAUUAUUGCCUUAAAUCAGAUCUUACAAGAAUGACAGUCAUAG